CUGCGUGGGUGCUGGCUGGGGUGCGGUGGAAACACCCACUCUCGAGUCUCAGCUCGACUCGACCUCCUGAAAUACUGUACCAGAAUGCUCUCGCCUCCUAUUAGCGGGGUGCUUUGCUAUCUUCUGGUGAUACGAGGUUCGCCCUCUAUUGCGUCCUAGAAGCACGAUGGAUGGUUCGAAGAUAGGUUAAGAAAAAGGCGUUUCUUUUCCACGACCCACUGGGCAGGACUCGCAGCGACCUUUCACGUCGUUAGGGUUUCAUCAGACUGACGCAUCCCACUCUCACUCCGUUCAUCGCGAUCCUUCCGCGUUAGGGUUUCAUAGUCCCGACCCUUCCGUCCCGAAUUGCAUUCAAUGCGCGAACGACGGGUUACCUGAUUCACCACCUAGGGUCUCGAAUUCGCACGGCAGUGUUAUGACGUCGCACGACACCAUUAUGCCAUCGCACAGCAGUCGUGUGCCUUCGCACGACAGCAUCAUGACGUCGCAGGAAGAUGUUUUGCUAACUGCUUUCCCGGGUAGCUCUCUAAGCCAUGCAGCCGACGCUAACGCUUCUGAACCCCCUCCCGUUUUCCCGUCCGCGGCACAGACAUGGUCGGAGUUGCACGGGUCGGUCGAGAAUUCAAACCUAGAGAUUGCCGAUAGAAUGUCGGGAGAACAGUAUAGUUUUCUAAAGAACGCUGAACAGCAGCAGCAGCAGCAGCAGCAGCAUGAGCCGCAGCUUCAGAUUUCAGAUCCAUUGCAGCUUUCGUGGCUUUCGGAUUCCACGCAGGUGCAGUGGGAUUCAAAUAUUGUCGGUGGUCUCGUUACAAGCUACGACGAUGAGCUCUUAAAGGAGAUAGAGCUGCCAGGAGGAAAGUCUGACAACAACUCCUCGGCGGAAUUUCCCCGGCCGUUGGAUCUAGACAAAGCUGUUGCGAGGGCCAUGAUGGCUGGAUCAGGCUUGGGCGCAGGCUCGGAUCUAGGUUCGGGAGCAGGCUCGGGAACAAGCUCAGAGCUGGGUGGAGGGUUGGCGCCACUUAAGGCUGACCGGCUUGAAAUACAGCUGCUGCAGCAGCAGCAGCAGCAGCAACAGCAGCAACAGCAGCAGCAGCUGAACUUGGAAAUGCAGGUGUUGCUUCAGCAACAGCAGCAGCAGCAACAGCAGCAGCAGCAACGUCAGCAACAGCAACUUUUGCAGGAACUGCUGCAGCAGCAGCGAAGACAAGCGGAUGUGUCUGUUCUAGCAAAGCGGAUGCUAGAGCAAGUGCAACAGCAGCACCUGCGGCAGCCGCCGCAACAGCAGCGGUGCCAGCCACAGCAAGCGCAACACCAACCGAUGCUGCAGCAGCAGCAGCAGCAGCAGCAGCAGCAGCAGCAGGAGAAUAAAAAACAGCUGCUACAGCUGCAGCUCUUGCAGCAACGGCUGCUGCUGCAAGGACAAGCGCACCAUCUGCUCCCGCAACGGCAGCACAUGCCGAUGCAGCAGCAGCAGCAGCAGCAGAUGCAGCAAGUGCAGCUCAUGCAGCAGCAGUAUCAACUGCAGCAAAUGUUGACCCAGCAAGGGCAAGCAGCACGCGGCGUGGCGCAGCAAGCAGCAGCAUCACCGUCACAGCAAGAGCCAGGUGCGUUAGCAGAAUCAGGCAUGGCGCUGCACGCAGCAGCUGCGCGGUCAGACAUCUUGAGCACCACGCUCCGUCCCUGCGACCGAGCCUCCAUGGCUUGGCGACAGGCUCGGGAGCAAAUCCCUCUGCACCUGAGGAACCAACCCUUGCCUGGCACCUCCCUUGCGAGCCAGGGCGGGCUGCUGAGCGCCCUAUCACACCAAGGGGGAUUUCCAGGCGCUUUGUUGCAGUCAUUACAGGCAGGCGGUGUACCCAGCAUGUCAGUGCAGGAGGGUGGGCAGAUGCCGCAGGGGCAGAUGCUGCAGGGGCAGAUGCCGCAGGGGGAGAUGGGAUGGGAGCUAGAGCAACGGGUUAUGGGAGGCUGGCUAGGGCAAGACGGGAGGCGGGGGAUGCAAGGGGAGGUAGGGGAUGCUGGGAGCUGUGGCAUGGGCGGUGCAGGGAGCAGUGGCAUGGGCGGUGCAGGGAGCAGUGACAUGGGCGGUGCAGGGAGCAGUGGCAUGGGCGGUGGAGGGAGCAGUGGCAUGGGCGAUGCAGGGAGCAGUGGCAUGGGCGGUGCAGGGAGCAGUGGCAUGGGCGGUGCAGGGAGCAGUGGCAUGGGCGGUGCAGGGAGCAGUGGCAUGGGCGGUGCAGGGAGCAAUGCCAUGGGCGGUGCAGGGAGCAGUGGCAUCGGCGGUGCAGGGAGCAAUGCCAUGGGCGGUGCAGGGAGCAGUGGCAUGGGCGGCGCAGGGGAGUGGGCUCUGCUUCAGCAGCUGCUGGGAGAGGCGUCCCUGGAGAGUGGGCUUGCUGCUAAUGCCUGUGCUGCUGCUGGUGGUGCUGCUGCUGGUGUUGGUGCUGCUGCUGCUGCUGCUGCUGCUGGUGUUGGUGCUGGUGCUGGUGUUGGUGCUGGUGCUGGUGCUGGUGCUGGUGCUGGUGCUGGUGCUGGUGCAGGUGCAGGUGCAGGUGAUGGCGCAGGGUCCUUGCCCCUGCUGCCAGCCGCAGAGGAUGCAUGUGUCCUCUCCUCCUCCUUGCAACCUUGCAGCGCAAAGCCAAGUGACCACUGUGGCCGCGCUGCUCUUGCAGCUGCUGCAGCUGCUGCUGCGGUUGUUCGCGCUGGUGCCGGUGUUAAUGCUGCUAUUGCUGCUAAUGCUGCUAAUGCUGCUACUGCUGCUGCUGCUGCUGCUGCUGCUGCUGCUAGCACUGUCGUUGCUGUGGUUCGUGAACGGUCAUCAGUGGGGGGAAAGAGACUAAGAGAGCACUCAUCAGCCGCUACACCUGCUGUACCUCACCGAGCAGCCUCGGGAUCGCCAGCCACCACGGACUCACCUGCCACGUCAGCUUCCGCGUUCUCCUCCCCCUCGCACUCCACCUCGGGCUCCGGCGGAAGUUCCUCUGGUCAUGGGGGAGGGGUGUUGGGCGGAGGGGUGGGAGGCAUGUCGGGGGGAGGGGUGUCUGGGGGAGGGGUGUCUGGGAGAGGGGUGACUGCGAGAGGGGUGCCUCAUCCCCUCCCAACCCCCAACUCCCAUCCGCCUGAACCCAAUGCCAACUCUAACAGCAGCACCCAUACAGCAGCAAACCCCCAUACCAAGACGCUUUCCCCCACCCCUGGCAGCAACAUCAGCCGCCUCCACGCAAGGCAACCCGCCCCCUUGUCCCCCCCCUCAAAGCCUGCCUCUUGGAGCCAAGCCUCACCCAGAAGCCUCGCGUCCUCCCCUGCCUCUAAGCCCCUCCCAUCUCCCAAAGCCUGCGCCUCUGCUCCUGCGUCCGCCAAGCCCCUUUCGUCUCCCAAAGCCGCCUCCUCCUUGUCCCCCCCUGCGCCUGCCACGACCCGCCGCUCGCCCAGAGCCCCCCCGUCCGCGCUGGCGUCGCGCCUGGCGGCGGUGCUCAACGACAUCCAGUGCAGGCCCGCCCCGCCCCCCGCCUCUGGCGCCGCCCCCAUGGGCGUGCGAGCCACCGUCGCCACGCUCCCUGCCACCACUUUCCCCACCCUCGCUGCUUCUGAUGCGCCCGGGGCUGGCCGCACAGAGGCCGAGGGGCUGCCAGAGGGGGCGACGGGAGCUGCGGCUGCUGGGGGGGCAGCAUGCCGAGACAUGGUGGUGGCCAGCGGGAGAGGUGGGCGGAUAGGUGCGUUCGGCUAUCCUGGUGGUAGUGAUUGGGGCGGCAGCAGCAGCAGCUUCACUGUGGCCAGGGAAGUGCUGGAGGCCAUGGGAGCCGAGCCGUUGCUACCAGGUGGCGCAUCCCGAUUGGACGACGUUCACUCGGUGUUGCCGCCCGGUUCUCGCCGCCGAACUUCCGGCCUCUUUGGGGUCGGCGCAGUCCCUCUUGACUACAGAGGCGCACUCUCUCUUAACGAGUAUGGCUGUAGUGGGUCUAACCUGGGAGGGUCCUUGACGGCGUUGGGAGGAAGACCAAGUGAUAUGUCAGGCCGGCUGGUAAGGAGUGCGGGGGAGCGGGCAUCUAGAGGGGGCACAGCAGCAGUGGCAGCACUGUCCGCAGCAUGGUGGGAGGCUCGAGGGCAGGUUGGAGCCUUGGAAUUCCCCAAACCCACGGCCGGACCUACAUCCGCUGAGGUCACGGGCCCGGCAGUUUCCGGGAAGUUUCGGUCGGUGGAAAAAUUCGCGCGGGCGCAGAUGGUGGCGAUGGCAGAGGCGGCGGAGGCGGGCGACACCAGGCGGUUCCACUCUGCUUUUGUGCAGCUGAAGCCGCUGGGGAAGGUGCGGGGGAAUGCUGUGGAGCGGCUGACGCACUACGUGGUGGAGGGGCUCAUACGGCGCAUGGCGGGCACGGGGUUCCAGCACUUCAGCACGCCGCUUAGACGGCCUCCCAAGGAGCUAGACGAAGCCCAGACGCUCUACGCGUCCUCGCAGCCCUUCCCUCUCUUUGGCAGCCUCUCCAUCGCCACGCUCAUAGCGCAGGCGGUCAGCGGCAGCACCCACGUGCACAUCGUGGACUUCGGGUGCCUGCAGCCCAUCCACCUCCCAGUGCUCAUGGAGAUGCUAGCAGCCCGCCCCGGCGGCCCUCCCACGCUGCGAAUGACCGGCAUGGACACCGCGAGCUUCAUUUGUGCCGGGAGGAAGGAUUUUAAGAGGCUGAGGGCGAUGGACGACGUGGGGAGGAGGCUGAAGGGCGUGGCGCGGCACCUGGGCGUGCCGUUUGAGUUCGAAGGGGUGGACGUGGACGAGGAUAACCUGCAGAUGCUGUACCAGGUGAAGCGGAGGUGGCACGAGACUCUGGUGGUGGUGUGCUUCUUAGAGCUGCUGCUGCUGCCCGACUCCCCCCACGGCCCUCGUGACUGCGUGCUGCGGUGGAUCCACGACAUGCAGCCAACACUCUUCACCUUUUGCGAUGUCGACCUCAACACCAACCACAGCGCCUUCCUCCCACGCUUUCAAGACAUCAUGGACCACCACCUCUCCGUCUUCCAAUUCCACGAUGUCCUCCUGGGCGACGCGGAUAAGCGGCUGCUUGCCGUCUUUGAAGAGAUAUUUUUUGCGCGCUCUAUUGUAAAUGGGAUUGCUUGUGAGGGGGACAAGCGGGUGGUGCGAUCGGAGAGAGUGGAGCAGUGGAGGGAGCGGCUCUUGUCGCUGCGAUUUUCCCCGUGCACCAUACCGACGACGGUGACUGACAGUGUACAUAAGAUGCUGAAACGGUUUCCGCUUGGGUUGGGUUUGCAGAUAGAGGAUGGGGCGAUUAGGUUGAUGUGGCGUGGGAAUUAUUCCCUCUUCACAUCCGCGUGGAUUCCAUGUGUUGGCAUUUAGAAUCACCACCUGGUUUGAUGUAAGUAUUGAUUCGCUUUGACGUGGAUGUAUUGCUCCAUCGGUUAGUACCAAAUGUG